AUGGCUGUAAGAACAAAAAGAGAUACUGGAAGUUUUCUCAGUAAAUUUUAUCAACAAAGGGAUGCAGAUAUAAUCAAGCAAGCAGAAGAAAAUGGGUUUUUCUUCAACCCAACAGAAGAGACAUUAUUACUUCAAUGUCAAGUGCAGAACCCUGAUCGGAAAAAUCUGGCAGACUUUCGACUGAUUCAGCUCUGUGAUGUUCACCUUCGAGUGCUAGGAGACAUUAGAAUGUGCACGUCACUAACAAUUUGCUUACUGGCCAAUAAUUUCCUCACAAAAAUUGACGCCCUUGUUUCCUGCACGCAGCUCAUUAGGUUGGAUGUCCAUUCUAAUCAGCUGGCAUCAGUACCUGGCUGUUCUUUCUGGAGAAGUCUGGACAAACUUCAGGUACUUCAUCUUCAUGAUAACCCAUUGGCAAAAUUUGAAUCUCUGCAAGCACUUGGCUCCUCCCCUUGCCUGUCAGUUCUGACAUUAUAUGACACGCCUCUUUCCUUAAAGAAGAACUACAGGCAUCAUGUGGUGAACACAAUCUGGACACUGAAGGCUUUAGACAUGCAUGUGAUCUCAGACGAGGAGAUUAUUGAAGAUGCUGUGUUCCGAUAUGCCCAAUUUGCUGCUCUAAGUCCUGCAUUCAGAGUAGAUCUCUGCCCUAAAACAUCUACCGACUUGACUUACCCUCAAGAGUUGUGCGUGUUUCAUUCAUUGAUUGCCAGAGUCAACUCAGUCUUAGCCAGGCACUCUCCGGUUCACAUCGUACAAAAAUAUGUUAGAGGACACCUCACCCGUAAAAGACUGGGAAUUAUUAAAAAACAUGGACUGCUAAGACUAAAAGAAACAAUGACUCAUCUUCCUAGUACACCCGUUUUCCCUAGCAGCCCUCUCUACACUCCUAACACAAGAGAGGUGGUGGAUUAUGACAGCUACAUGGCCGGCUGGAGACAGAGCUUGUUAAAUGAGCCAUUUUAUGAACAAAUUGGGACAACUCUUGAGCAAAUUUCAUUACAAGAGUACCUGCCCUUCAGUAUCAACAUUGAGAGAUUGCAGUCAGGCAUUUUGACUAAACUUCAGGCUAAAAUCACAACAGAAACAACACUGACUGGUAGAGAAUACUUGAGAUUGGGUUCAAAGAAAGAGAGAGAAAAGAAGCAUACAAAGCAAGAGAUGGAUAAAAAGCCAAAGUCAAAGAGAAUUCAGGACAUCAAAAAGUUUUUUGGGCCCGUGGUUCAAACUGUUUCACUUGAAAUGGAGGAUGAUGAAAUACCACAGGCUGAUUUCAGAAUUAGAGGCAGGAAGCCUCAUUUUCUGACUGUUGAUGCUACCACAGAAAUGAUUUUGAGCAAGAAAGAAGCUGGUGAACUAAUAAGAGAAGCAGAGGAAGUGCAAAAGAGAAAGGAACUCUUGCAGCCUCCUAUGACAGUGAAACGUAACCGUCUUACAACAAUCGAACAAAGAUUAUUUAACAAAACCCAUGGGACGAUGAGCCUGUCUUGUCUGAUGGCUGUACACAAGGCUUACAAAGAGAGAGAAAAAGCAGAGGCUGCUGCAGUGAAAUCAGAAAAUAAUUUAGGUUGGAGAGAAGAGAGACUACAAGCUAAGGAUAAAAUUAGAAGACACCACAGCGAGAAAAGACUGAAGGUGCUGCAGACACGGGACAUGGAGAAGUCUCAAAUCUUAGAGCAGCUGGAGAAACAGGAAGUUCAGAAACUCAUCUUCCUGAACAGGCUACAUGAACAAAAGGUUCAGAGGUCACAUUUCAAGAAAAUGCAGCAAGCAGAUUGCAUAUUCAUGCAAGAGUUUCACUCUCAACGUUCAUCAAUAUCAAACACUCUCCAACGAUAUGAUCGACAGGCAUAUGUUGAAGACAACAAAAAGAGCAGACAAAAAGAAGUUUCUGAAAUGAAGAAAACUGAACAAGCGCAGAAAGAGGCUGUGAAAAAUUACUUGGAGCACCAGAAGAUGACGAAGCAGAAGGAGAUAGCAUUGGCCAAAGUUGCGCUACAGACAAAAUUACAAAAUGAAACCAAAGUGAGGAUUUUGGAGGCCCAAAACAGGGUAUCCUGUCUGAAGGCUAAAAACGCCAGCAAUGUAGAUGUUUAUACCCUGCCUUAUAGCAGUGUUUCCCACAGCAGUGCAGUCCCCCCUGCGGGCAUCUUGUGGGAAGCACCUUACGAAGAGUCAUCUGUGGAUUUACUGUACCGACAGCAUGCACUUUCUGUAUAA